CGGCGGAAGAUGGCAAAGUGGAGGGAGCCUGGCUUCUGACAGAAGUGGACCACUGGAACCGGGAGACUGAGAGACUGGUGUUGCUGACCCCUCGAGUGCUGCUGGUGUGUCACUAUGACUUUGUGGGCCUCUACUGUCACUUGAUGCUGAGGAUUCCUCUUCACUACAUCGACAGCAUUACAGUCGGGCACUUCCAGUUCCCAGCCACCUCCCUCAGCAGACGCUCCGGUCUCGGGCUGCGGGUCCAAUGGGACAAACUGCGGGAGCCAUCGUUCCGUUCCUGGUGGAAUCCGUGGUCUCGGGAUCUGCCGUUUGUUAUCCUGACAGAACACCCUGGGGCGGAGAGGGAGCACGAGCUGUCCUCCCUCUGCAAGUUGCACCGUUUCCGCACCGAGCUGACCCGCCUGGUACAGAUUGCCCACCGGGAUCAGCCCCUCCCGGGCCAAGCCAAUGGCCCUCUCCUGCUCGAGAAGCCGCUCCAGAUGGAGACCACCCUGGGCCUUGUGUCUGCUCUCAACAACUGGUCACAGCUGGGCUACGCCAAACCUCGUGGACUGUUUGGCUUCUAGAGGGUUGGUGUCCUGGGACCGGCAACGCAGCAUCCCAGUGCCAACACCAGAUAAACUCAUCCAAGCCUCAACAUCCCAGCGCCAUUACGGGGCAGUGUCGAGAGGAAGGGGAGGGGGAAUGAGAGCCGUGACCUGGGAGAGUCGCACUCACACGCAGUAGGCCAUUGCCAAAAAAUAAACUCAUCCGGGCCGCGAUAACCGAGUGGAUUGAUGGGUGUGUUGGGGUGGGGACAAGAAUGAGAGCGGUGAGGGAAGGUAGGAGGAAGGUGUUCCGGGAGCAUCGACCAGGCCACCGACAACCAAAAAUAAAUCUGUCAAAGCCUGGAAA